AUGAUUGGCCGACUUUUGGGCAAGCGAAUUAGGUUCGAGCGGGCAGCGACGUUCUCGUUGGUGCUCAUUUGGUGCGGUCUCCUUCAGCUGAUCCUUGUCGCCCGGAGGAACAAAUUCUUACGGCCGAAUGGAAGACGGCUUUUCCAGAUUCGCAAAAUAUUUCCAGGAGGAGUAACCAGAUACAUGCCUCCUGGCGGCUGGUUGACAUAUUAUUGUGCCUGGUGCCGACGCGGCGCACCAAGCCGAUUUGAACUGAUGAUUUGCGGCUUCCUUUCUGAUAUCUGUCUGGAUAAAGCAUCUUCAUGA